AUGCGCUUCUCCCGAUCACAAGCCGCUGUCGUGCUCGCCUCUGUUGCGGCGACAGCCAAGGCCCAAACCUCAACAGCAUGUGAUCCGACUAAGAAGACUUGUCCAGCAGACACAGGUCUCAAUUCCAAGACCUACUAUGCCGACUUCACUCAAGGAUCAAGCGCCAAUGCUUCGUGGAGUGGCGCAGCUUAUACUGUGAUCAACUACGGCAAGCAGGGUGCAGAGUUCUCCAUCUCUAAGGGCACCGAGGCUCCGACUAUCCAGACCGACUUCUACUUCUUCUUUGGCCGUGUCGAUGUUAAGAUGAAGGCUGCGCCGGGUACUGGCAUCGUCAGUUCGAUCGUGCUGGAGUCCGAUGACCUCGAUGAAGUGGACUGGGAGUUUUUGGGCGGGAAUACCGGCCAAGUGCAGACCAACUUCUUCGGCAAGGGCAAUACCACGACCUAUGAUCGUUCGACCUACUACGCCGUGACAAACCCACAGACUCAGUUUCACACAUACUCCGUCGACUGGACCAGCGACAAGAUCGAUUGGCUGAUCGAUGGCGUUAUUGUCCGCACGUUGAAGUCCGAUGACCCAACUACCGUGGGUGGCCAGAACUUCCCGCAAACACCCAUGCGCCUCAAGCUCGGCAACUGGUGUGGUGGAUGCUCUGGCGAGCCCGAGGGCACCGUCCAGUGGGCUGGUGGCCAGACCGAGUUCGGGGGCGAUCCUUACGUGAUGUACGUCGAGAGCGUCGGCAUUCAGAACUACAACCCAGCCGACUCGUACACAUAUGGCGACACUUCUGGAAGCUGGGAGAGCAUCAAGUGCGGCUCUGACAAUGCUCCGACUGCUAGCCCAUCCGGAUCGGCUGCGUCUGUCGCCAUCACACCAAACCCCACCAGUUCCACUGCGAGCGCCACUGCGAAGAAUGCUACAUCCGCGGCAUCGACUAGCAGUGUCAGUGUCGCAGGUAUCGAUCAUCAGACGGUAGCCGCCGUCUCGAGCACAUCGACUGGCAGCAGCUAUAGCAUGAACACUGCCUCGGUCUCUGCCCAGAACAGCGACAGCAUGACCGCGGCCGCGUCUGCGUCUGCCGCCACGACGGAAGUUCCCAAGGUCUCGCCGACUGCUGGGCGUAAUGGCAGCAAUGCGACCACUACUGGCGGCCCUUCGCCAUCGCACACGAAUGGUGCUCUGGUCAAUACUGUCAUGACUGCUGGCUCAAUCCUCAGCAUCGCUGCUGCUUUCUUGCUGCUGUGA